AUGGGAAAUCACCUGGGACCAACUUUUGCCGACAUAUUUAUGGGCCAUCUAAAAGAAAAAGUAUCCACGGAGUUGAACAAGAUAACCCUGUACAGAAGAUGCGUAGAUGACGUGUUCGCGAUCGUUGACAAAAUCAAAGAAGCUAAACAAUUAUUGUCUAUAAUGAACAGCCUGCAUCCCAAGAUCAAAUUUACCAUGGAACAGGAAUGGGAGAACCAGCUUUCCUUCCUCGACGUUCACAUGUCCAGAAAGAAAGAUGGCUCCAUUACAAGAACUGUCUACCAUAAGAAUACGUAG